GCGGAGCCAGAGUCAUUAAACGUGCUGGGUUGUUUAGUCUGUUGCAGUACGUGAGUGCGCGAGCUCUAAUGUCACAAAGUUAGAAAAUGAGUGAGGAUGUAUAUGAGGUCCCUGAGGGGGCGGAGUAUCGUUAUCUAGUGCAGGACGAAGAAGAGGAACAGAUACAGUACGUCCGUCGCCAUUAUGUCAGUCCAUUCCUGGUGGUGUCACGCAAGUGCAUGUUCCUCAUCGGCUGCGGCGUGAUCGCUCUCCUCUCUUCCUCUUUCAAAGGCAUCCCGUAUGCUGUACCACCGGUGGAUGAGCGUCGCUGGCGACCCCCGGCAGACCUAGUGGAGGCGGGACAGUGUUGGCAGGGCGUUUACGACGCUACUCGAUUCCGUAGCAUCUGUGCGCAGGUGAAGCCCCUCCGAAAAGACGGGCAGGUCAUGGGACAGGAGGACUGUCUGCAUCUUAGUGUGUGGACGCCGAGUCUAAAGCCCGCCAAACCCCUGCCUGUCAUGGUGUGGAUCCACGGAGGGUACCUCCAAAUGCUGAGUGGCCAGGAGAGAGGAUACUCGCCCACCGAAGAGCUGGCGGCCCGCACGCAGACGGUGUACGUCAGUCUGAAUUACAGGCUCAAUGCUUUCGGCUUCAUGGCUCUGGAGGUGCUCAGGGAAGGCUCUCCCACCAAGUCCUCAGGGAAUUAUGGCUUCAUGGACCAGAUCCAAGCACUUCAGUGGGUCCAGAGAAAUAUCCAUAACUUUGGUGGUGAUGCUGGAAGGGUUACCAUAUUUGGUCAAAGCUCAGGAGGAACUUCGGUUUGGACUUUGAUGAUGUCUCCACUAGCCAAAGGACUGUUUCAUCGCGCGAUUGACAUGAGUGGCUCGUAUGUGUAUAAUGCUUCCCUGGAGUCAGCAGAAAAGGACAACUUAGAAUUCCUGAGGAGAACUGGCUGCAAGAACGCCAUCUGCCUGAGAGGACUACACAUCGCUCAAGUCCUUCAGGCAAUCCCGUGGCAGCAGUACCCAGCAUUUGCAGCCGAUGAAUUAACCGAUCUUCCAGUCAAAGGUGUUUUUCUUGGCCCAGUUGCAGUAAUUGACAACUACGUUCUCAAAGCUCCUCCGUUCGAGACCUGGGAGAAGGGUGGAGACGGAACCUAUAACGAUGUCCCAUUUGUGGUUGGGACAACUGAACAGGAGACUGAUUUUAGUCCUCCAUAUGAAAACAUCUCAAAAUGGACUUGGGGAGACUAUCGUUGGAUUGUGACAAAGAAACUGACCCCUUUCGGAGAGGCCCUGACCAAUCAGGCGCUGAGGCUGUACAAUAGCUCAGCCCCGUGCCCAACCUCUGACCGGUGCCCAGAGCGGCUCUUCACCACCAUGGUCUCUGACAUGAGGGCCACCUGCCCCAGGAACGACCUGGCUAAGAGAGCUGCAGAAGCCUUAAAGAGCCCAGUGUACCGUUAUCUGGUGACUUACACUCCAUCAAAACAGGCAAACGUCUCCAGCUGUCUUCCCUUCCCCGGUCGCUUUGCCUUUCAUUUUCUAGACAGCCUGGCCUUCUUCAGGGGUCUUGAAAUGGUGCUGGGGACCCUGUCACCGGCUGAUAUCAGCUUCCAGGAAAUGAUCACCAAGUAUUUUGUACAUUUUGCCAAAGAAGGUAGGAUGCCAGAUGAGUGGCCGGAGUUCCCCUCAAGCAUCGCCCUGCUGGACAAGAACAUUUCUUUCGUAACAAGCUACUCUCGCGAGAGGUGUGACCUGUGGGAGGAGAACGGCUUCUACUCGUACGCCUGGAUCAACUGAGACGCCAUCAUCAUCAUCAUCAUCACUGGU